AUGUAUUUGUAUUUUUUCAGUACGGUGUCUGUUUGCUUGCAUAUAAAGCAAGUUGCACAAAAUAGAGAAGGACUGAAAAGAGAUAUUGCAUUGGGAUUUUUAAAUCCAGCAGAACACAGUUGGGUUUUCAGAAAAGAGGUGUGUCGUUUAUUAAACAUGUACCAGACAUUUGGUAACAAAAAAUAG